ACAAAAAAUCCAUGGGCAUUUGCAAAUGCAUAUUAUCGUGCUGCUCAUCGUCAAUGGGAUACAAUACGUAAAGCAGAUGUUAUACAAUUUCUGAAAGAAAAACAAUUAAUUGGUAGAAAUAAUUGUACUAAUGGAUGUAGAACAACAAAACUAGAUGAUAUAAUUCGUUUGAAUGAGUUAAAUUUUGAUAAGGUACAUCUAGCAAGUGAAACUGGUAUAUUAAAUAAAUUGAAUCUACAAUGCACUUCUUUUGAUCAAGUAUCAAUGUCAAAUGCAGAGUUUUCAUCUGUUGAUUUAAAUGGUGUAUCAUUUGAUGGAGCACAGUUAGAUAAUGCAAAAUUUGAUGGUUCAUCUUUACUUUGUGCUAGUUUUAUUGGUGCAAAUCUGACAGGCGCGCAGUUUUCAAAUAGUGAUAUGACAGGAGCUAAAAUAACGGAAGAUCAAAUAAAACAGGCGUCUUUUCAUAAUGUAACUAUGCCAAGCGGAAAGAAGAGUGAAGCUGCAUCCCCAACGACAGCAAAAGAACCUAGAAUACAAACAACAACAAUAAAAAAAACAAAAAUAUCGACAACAACAUCAUCAUCAUCAUCGUCAACCUCGACAACAUCCACAACAUUAUCAACACCAGCAGUACCGAAAUGGACAAUGACAGGAAACAUGACUGAUACACGAGCAUUUCACAUAGCGUCCAUAUUAACAAAUGGAACAGUAUUAGUUACUGGUGGAAUAGGCAGCGACGGUAACCCUCUUAAUAGUGCUGAAUUGUACAAUCCAUCAACAGGCACUUGGGCAGCUACUGGAAAUAUGAGUGUCAAACGAAGAUUUCACACAGCAUUUGUAUUAAAAAAUGGAUUAGUAUUAGUUGCUGGUGGAUUUGACGGUGCUUAUGUUCUCAAUAGUGCUGAAUUGCACAAUCCAUCAACAGGCACUUGGACACCAACAGGAAAUAUGAGUGUCAAACGAAGGUUGCACACAGUCAGCACAUUAGCAAAUGGAUUAGUAUUAGUUGCUGGUGGACACAACGGUGAUACUACUUAUCACAAUAGUGCUGAGCUGUACAAUUCAUCAACAGACACCUGGACAACUACAGCAAACAUGAGUGUUGGGCGAGAAUAUCAUACAGCGUCCACACUAGCAGAUGGAAAGAUAUUAGUUGCUGGUGGAUCGAGCAGCAGUAGCGUUUCUCUUAAUAGUGCUGAAUUGUACAAUCCAUCAACAGGCACUUGGACAACUACAGGAAGCAUGAAUGCCGCACGAAGAUCUCACACAGCAUCCAGAUUAGCAAAUGGAUCAAUAUUAGUUGCUGGUGGAUUUGACGGUGCUUAUCUGAAUAGUGCAGAGUUGUACAGUCCAUCAACAGGCACUUGGACAACUACAGGACGCAUGAAUGCCGCACGAAGUACUCACACAGCAUCCAGAUUAGCAAAUGAAUCAGUAUUGGUUGCUGGUGGAUUUGACGGUGCUUAUCUGAAUAGUGCAGAAUUGUACAAUCCAUCAACAGGCACUUGGACAACUGUAAUAAACAUGAGUAUCGCACGAUCAGAUCACACAGCAUCCACAUUAGCAUAUGGAGAAGUAUUAUUUACUGGUGGACAGAACAGCGGCGGUUAUCUCAAUAGUGCUGAGCUUUAUUAG